GGUCAUCUUCUCACUCCAUUAGUAAAAUUACUCAUUUUUGCUUAAACUCUUCAAUCGAUUGUGCUUUUUGUUUGUUUAGGGUUUUAGCUUUUUCAAGUUAAAACCUUUUUUUCCUUAAAUCCGAAGAAGAAGAAUCAAUUGAAUCUAUGGCGAUGGCUAUGAGACUCCCGGCGAUAUCUAGAGCGGUGACGGAAGUGGCUUCGGCUCCGGUUGGUUUGAGACGGCUGUUCUGUUCAAAUGCUUCAAGGUUCUCUUUUUUGUCUCCACAAGCUGAAUCCCAAACACCGGCUCGUCCUCAGGCUGAACCUAGCACCAAUCUCUUCGUCUCCGGGCUUAGUAAGCGCACCACUUCUGAAGGACUUAGGACCGCGUUUGCUCAGUUUGGAGAAGUUGCUGAUGCUAAGGUUGUCACAGACAGAGUCUCAGGAUAUUCCAAAGGGUUUGGAUUUGUUAGAUAUGCCACCUUAGAAGAUUCUGCAAAAGGCAUAGCUGGAAUGGAUGGGAAGUUUCUUGAUGGCUGGGUCAUAUUCGCAGAGUAUGCAAGACCAAGAGAGCAAUCGCAGCCAUAUCAACCUCAGAACAACAUGUCUCGUCCUCCAUACUAUGGUAACCGCUAGAGAAACAGCUUUGUUCGAUUCUUAUGAAUCUUUAUAUUCAUAUUUAUGCUUCAUUGUAUCCUCUUCUAUGAUCGAACUGUUUUGCUUCGUCUCUUGUUAUUGCCUUAGAAGAUCAAAAACUUCAAAUUAUAUUUUGAAGGAAUAAUCAGAAACUGUCAUUUACAAGAAAAAGUAUUAAGUAUAAUAGCUUUUUAAGAGAAAGAGAUCAGGAUUUUGCUUA